AUGACUGCUGUGGCUACGCUUUCCGCCACAGCCGUGCUUGCCACCACAGCUGCCAUGCUCAUGUGUUGCGCGUGGGUGCAGCCUGCGGCCGCGGCGCGCUUUGUGUGGCGUGGUUGUGACACCAACUGGAACCACAACCCCGACAACUGGCAAAACGGCGUCUCCCCUUCCACGUCCUCGGACCCCAUCACCACCGUGUUCUUCGGGCCCUCCACCGUCGAGGAGGAGGCCACCUGGAAGCCCGUGUCGUCGUUUGUGUCUGCAGGGUCGCUCGCCAUGCACGAGCUUGUGCUGCCCUCGGACGGCAUUUUGGAGCUGGAUCCAGACGGCACGGAGCUUGUCUUCCUCGAGCGCGAGGACACCGUUGUGCCGGAGGCCAAGUUCAUCGGCGGCCAGGGCUUCCGCGAGGAGUGCGACUUCAACUGCCACAAAAACUGGGAAACCAUCGACGGCAGCGACGUGGACAGCCCGCCCUGCGCCGAUGACAUUGCCCAGUUUGACGGCAGCAGCAGCUACAAGCUCUUCGUGCGCGGCUUCACCCCCUUGGACACGCUCAUCAUGGGCGGCGCCCGCUUCGACAGCGACGACCAGCGCACCCUGCUUCCAGAGUACCAGUUCUCCCCAAACCCACGCGACCUCGAGGUCUUCUUCAAGUCGGGCGACCCCGUCGCCCUCACGCAGCGCUGCCAGGAUGUUGGCCAGUACGACGCGUCCCGCGACGAGUGCGUGUGCUACUCCACAUGCCCCGACGCCUCGCUGGGCCGUGACAACAACGCGCAGAUCCGCAGUGCCGGCAAGGCCCUGGCGGCAGAGAACCUGGCGGAGCUCACCGCAACAACCACCGUCCUCUUCCAGUACAAGUUCUCCUACAAGCUGCUCCUCAACACGCUGCCGCCGGACAUUGUGGUGGAUGCCUUUGACGAGGCGUUCACCCUCCCGGCCUCCGUCACGGGCAUGGAGAACGCCAUUGCCGACCUCAUCACCGAGUCGUUUGGCGGCGCGGUGCAGGUGCAGGGCACCCUCACCAGGACGUCCACGCGCUUCACCUACAUGGGCUCCGUCACGGGCCCCGCCAUUGCCCUCAGCGGCCUCACGGCCUCGCACCUCGACAAGACCUUUGACACCACGUGGCCCUCCUCCGACCGCCUCUUUGCCCUGCACGCCUGGACAACGGUAAUGACCGAAGCCCUGCGUGGCCUCGAGCUCUCCUGCUCCAUCGACCUGGCCGACGUCGAGACCACGUGCGCCAGCCAAUUUGGCUCGGCCUGCUCCGAUGUGGCCUACCUCCUGCACACCGCGCAGCCGGGCAGCGAGCUGGCCAACGCCCUCUCCGUCAUGUCGCAGAUCAGCGACUACCUCGUGUCCAUCAACCACGUCGUCACCACAACGACCACCGUCAGCACCACCACCACCACAACAACAACAGCGGCCACAACAACAACAACAACAACAACAACAACAUCCACAACAGAUGCAUCGACAACAUCAUCAGCCAACGUCAACGCAACAACAGCAUCCGCAACAACCACGACCACAUCAACCGCUGGUGCGCAGAGCACAACCACAACCACAACCACGCCAGCCGACACCACGACCACCGCAGCCACCACGCCUCCGCCGUUUGUGCUGGACAUGUCUGGCCUUGCGCUCAUGUCAAACGUGGACGUGGACGAGUUCCGCGCCACGGUGACCGCGUUUGCCCUGGGCUCCUUCGCCUCUGUGCCGCAGCCGUACCGCAACUCUGUGGUGGGCACGUACCUGCUGCAGGCUGUGCGCUGCCUGGAUAUUGAUGCCGCCUCCUCUGACGCACAGGCCCUGUCAACCGUGGAGGAGCAGGAGCACACCAUCAGCUUUGUUGUCGGCACGCUCCUGCCACAGUCAGACGUGUUUGCCAUGUUCCAGAGCUGGAACUACGACCGCUUCACCAGCAUGCUGUGCCAGCGCCUGAAGGGCCUCCCGCCACUGGAGGGCAUUGACUGCGACAACGUGCAGAUUAGUCUGUACACAUACGGGGACCAGCAGCAGGCCCAGAGCAACGCAGCGGCCCGCCGCCGCCGCUUCAACGCCAUUGACCUCCUGCGCAUCACCAUCACCUACACCAUGCUGGUGGACGUCAGCCUGUGCGCCCCGGGCCGCGUGCAUCCGAGCUGCCCGCUGGUCGAGACGCAGGACGCCAACAGCCGCUACACGGAGCUCCUUGACUUCAUCACCAGCCUCACCAGCGACUUUGAGGUGAAAACGGCGUCGUCGUGCGUGUCGCUGGAAGACGGCAUCCUGCCAAACUGCCUCGUCUCCACCAUCUACCAGGACCUGUUUGACCAGCUGUGGCCAGACGGCACGCGCCCACGCGCUUCCACGCCGUCGCGUGGCUCGUGGCCAACCCUCAUUGAGCAGCAGUUCUACUCGCUCAUUGGCAACUGCGGCGUGCGCUGUGCCAGUGACGGCACCUCCUUCCUCACGACGCAGGACGAGGCCGACGCUGCCGCCACCCUCAACUCCGUCUCAAACCAGGUCAUUGCCAUGAUUGACGCCUUCAUCGCCUCCAGCACAACAACCACCACCACAACCACCAACGCAGGCGACACCACGACGACCACCAACGGCGGUGGCAACAGGGGCAGCGGCGCAGCGUCGACGGCAUCGGUCCCUGUUGGUGCUGUGGGCGGUGCUGCUGGUGGCGCGGUGGUGCUCAUUGCCGUGAUUGUCCUCGUGGUCAUCAUGCGUCGUCGCGCGUCCAGCUCCGGCGGCGGCUCGGCCGGCAACAAGAAGCGGGGCGCCCUCAACGAGCGCCAGGUUGUCAGCUUUGAGAACCCCAUGUACGACGACCCCAUGCCCGUGCAGCAGGCCAUCUACUCCGACGCUGGCGUGGGCGAUGCCGAGGAGGAAGGCCUGUACGAUGAGCCUGCCUUCGCCAUGGGCCAGGACAAGAAGCAGAACCCGCUGUACCAGAGCUCGGAGGACCUGCUUGCUGAUGAGUACGACGACGUUGCCGGUGAGGGCGAUGAGAUGGGCGGUUACCUGGACGUGGCCCCAGAUGAUGCUCCUGGCGAUAACGACGACGAUGGCGAUGACGGUGACGAUCUGGGUGCCAACGGAGGUUAUGACAACGCCGCCAAUCUCGGCGUCAAGGCAGAGAACGGGUAUGGGUUUGAAGAAGGUGGCGACGGCAGUGGCGAUGGCGAUGGGAAUGCGCAGGCCACGCCACCACAGCAGCCCGUGUACGACACGCCGGAUGCCGAUGUGCCCCAGCCAAUCUACGGCACCAUCGAAGACGAGGACGAGUGA